GAAAAUGGGACGAGAGACAAGGAAAAGCCAACGAAAAAGCUUGGGUUCGAAGCUUUAUAAGAGGGUCCUCCUCCCCUCUCCCCAAGAAAACUCACUGUUUUUUAGUAUAAUAUAUACAAUUAUUCCCACUUUUUUAAUAUUUUAAAUCAAAGAAAUUAUCACUAUAUUAUUACAUACAAAAGUACUUUCUUUUAGCAAGAAUGUCAGGUUGAGGUUAGUGGUCACACGACAACUGUUUAUAGUUUAUAGUCUCCCUCCCGCUCUCUCUCUCUGUGUCUUCUAUUUUCUCUGGUUAAAUUACUACUGGCCUUAUGAUAUUCUAAUAUCUCUUCUUUGUCUUUACACACACACACUGUGACUGUCGCUUCUUGGUGUUGCACUCCUUUUUUAGUUUUCUCUAUUACUACUCCCUCAUUUUGCUGAACCAAAGUCAGUUCAUUGACUAUGGAAUCUUUUCUUUUUGGAUAAUUUAGUCUGUAUAAUCGCUGGUUUCUAUUUGUCUUCUUCCUCAUCUAAAGAAUUCUUAUAUAUGGUUCUGUGACUUUUUCUGUGCUUCUCCUCACUUCCCUUUUGGCUUUGUCUUGUUGGGUGGUGAAAAAAGUUUUUUUCUUUUCGGUGAUUUUCUGAUACAAGUUCCAAAAACAAAAAAAUCUCUUGAUUUGAGGUGAGUUUUGUUUAUUCUGGGUUAUGGCAGUUUGCUGUGAUCUUGAAGCAGAUAUCAAUGGAGAGGAGACUUUCCUACUAGACAAGAAAAUUAUAUGUUCAUUCUCAGGCAGGUUAAGCAAAUUGUUUGGUAAAUCCACAGGUGCCAACAGAAAUAAAGUGAUAUUUAAUGACUUUCCUGGAGGAGCUGAGAAUUUUGAGCUUAUAUCAAGGUUUUGUUAUAACAAAGGAGAAAUUGAUAUAAAUCCUUCAAACAUUUCCUUGUUAUAUUCUGCUGCUGAAUUCAUGGAGAUGAGCAAAUCUGUGUCAGGAAACUGUAAUCUGUUAGAAAAAACCAAGAAAUGCAUUGAAGAACUCGGGUACUGGACUUGGCCUGAUCUUUUGGUUGCUUUGAAGCAUUGCCAGGAAAUGCAGCAGGUUGCAACUUCUUCAGGUAUUCUUGAAAAAUGCUUGGAUUCAAUUGUUGGGAGGUUGGCUAUCACUGGUGAAGUGAGUCCUUGUGCGUCUACUUCGUCUCCGGAUAGCUCGGGGUUACGGCUUUCCUGCGAUACUAGAAGUACCGAGAGUUUGAAGAACAGCUUCUCUCGAGCAAAUUGGUGGUUCGAAGACCUUUCUGUUCUGAGUCCCAAUUUGGUUGAAAUGCUGGUAAAAUCUAUGGUCUCUCGUAAGUACAAUCAAGUGAUCAUCAGUCGGUUCCUCUUGUAUUACCAGAAGUCAAAGUUCUUCACCGCUUCAUCUGAUGAGAAACGCCAAGUUCUAGAGAUCGUGAUCGAUGGGCUUUACACUCUUGAUCCGAGUUGCAUUUCAUGCAAGAGUUUGUUCGGGGUUCUUCGUGUGGUGCUGAAUUUGAACAUAAGCAAAAGUAGCAGGAACAAGUUGGAGUGUAUGAUAGGUUCUCAAAUGGAUCAAGCAACAUUAGACAACCUGCUCAUCCCAUCUCCAUAUGGAACAAGUUGUUUAUAUGAUGUGAACCUUGUUCUUAGAUUUCUGAAAGCAUUUCUACGUGAAGGAGGCUGGCGAUUAUCACCAACACGAAUGAAGAAGGUUGCUAGCUUGAUGGAUCUGUAUAUUGCAGAAGUAGCUCCGGAUCCUUUUUUAAGAUUUUCGAAGUUUCUAGCAUUGGUGGUGGCCUUGCCGGAUUCUGCUAGGGACUGUUGGGAUGAAUUAUACCACGCAAUCCACGUUUAUCUGGAGGUGCAUGCAGGGUUGUCAGAAGAAGAAAAACUGAAGAUCUGUUGCGCACUGAACUAUGAGAAGCUCUCUUCGGAUGCUUGCGUACACCUUUCCCAGAAUGCGAAAUUUCCUUCAAAAAGCUCGGUAGAAGCUCUUUUUUCCCAGCAAUUGAAGCUUAAGAACUUAUUGCAGGGCACUAAGAACAGUAAAUCCGACAUGGAUUCCCCUUGUAAACUCAAUGAAGCCCGAGCCAAGGCAAAGAAAGGUGAAGGCAGUGAACAAAUUGUUCUUUAUUCAGGGAGAUUAGACAUAUCGGGCGACAACGAGAACCUCAGAGCUCAUUUACAAGGGAUGCAAUGGAGGGUGAUUGAACUGGAGAAACUCUGCAAGAAAAUGCAGGCCCAGAUGGCCAAACUCAUGAAAUCCAAAACACCAACAACUCAUAGCACUGCAAGAUCCUUGCCCAGGCUUUGUUCAUGAAACAAAACUUGCAUAAUGUUUGUAUCACUUAAAAUUAUUUCCUUGUGCAUGUAUAGCAUUGAGGUAUGAUUACAGUUCUUUUUUUCUUUCUUUUCUGCAUAUAUUAAGAUAUGUCAUUGGAGAAUGAGAUCUUGGUUUGUACAGCUAUUGAAAAAGAGAAAAAACUUGUUAUAUGUUUGGUAUGUCUCCAAGGUUGGGUCUUUUUCCACAGUCACUCUCACACACUGUGGCAAAUCGUAAUGCAAGCUGGCAAAUAGGCCAUAAUCUUUUCCAACA